AUGGCCUCGCAAUCUCCGCCAGCAGCAGCGGCGGCGACUCGAUUCCGCACCGAGCGCUCGGAGCGUAUCCGGUUCGAGCUGGAAAAGGGCGCCGACGUAUGGUCAAUGUUCAACCCGGUCGUCUUCCCGACGGCCAUCAACCUCGGGCAGGGCUUCAUGAACUGGGCGCCCCCCUCGUUUAUCCUCGAACCCACCAACGCCGAGUCGGCCAAGCGCGUCGACCUCCACCACUACUCGCAUCCAAAGGGCCGCCCGCGCCUGCGCAACGCCAUCGCCGACUUCUACAGCCCCGAGUUUCGCGCUCCCGCCGCCGGGAACGAGGACCGAUGGUCACCCUCCGCCGACGGUCUGCCCAGGCUCAGGCAGGGCGAGGCGAGGAGGCUCGAUGUCGAGACCGAGAUCCAGGUGACGUCCGGCGCCAACGGAGGCAUCUACAGCGCCAUGGGCGCCUUCCUCAACCACGGCGACGAGGUCCUCAUCAUGGAACCCUUCUUUGACCAGUACGAGGCCGAAGUGCGCUUCCACAACGCCACGCCCGUCUACAUCCCCAUGCUGCCGCCCAAGGACGGCGCCGUGUCGGGCGUGGCCGAGGCCGACGAGUGGAAGUUUGACUUUGACCUCAUCGAGCGGAAGCUGCAGAGCGGCAAGGUCAAGGCGCUGCUGCUCAACACGCCGCACAACCCGAUUGGCAAGGUGGCUUCCGAGGCCGAGCUCGGCCGGCUAGCGGCGCUGUGCAUCAAGCACGACCUGCUCGUCGUCUCGGACGAGGUCUAUGACUGCCUCACCUUUGACUCCAAGUCGCACCUUCGCAUCGCCGCCUUUGAGGGCAUGUGGGAGCGCACCAUCACCGUCGGAUCGGCAGGCAAGUCGUUCGCAUGCACCGGCUGGCGCGUCGGCUGGCUGAUCGGCCCGGACCACCUCAUCGGCCCCGCGCGCGCCGUGCACACGCGCAUCACGUUUGCCGUCAACUCGACGGCGCAGGAGGGCGCGGCCAUCGGGCUCGAGCUGGCGCCGUCGCACCGCUUUUUUGAGACGCAGCGGGCCGACUACGAGGUGCGCCGCGCCGCGCUGCGCCGGGCGCUCGACCCGCUCGGCCUGCCGUACACCAACCCGCACGGCAGCUACUUUAUCCUGGUCGACGUAUCGCGUCUCGACAUCCCCCCGGCCUUCCUCGAGGGCGAGGGCGAGGGCGAAGAGGCGGUGCCCGAGUCGGUGCUCAAGAAGCCCAGGGACUACCUCAAGGCGUGGUUCAUCGCCAAGACGUGCGACGUCGUCGCCAUCCCCGCCACGGCUUUUUACAGCGACGAGCACGCCCGCUUUGGCGACCGCUUCGUGCGCUUCUCGUUUUGCAAAGACGGACAGAUUGAAGAGGCCGCACAGAGGCUGCUCAAGCUGAAGCAGUACAUCCGAGCAUAG